CCCGACCACGCCCCCGUCUGCUGGCGUGGUUCUACCCCUUAGCCUCUGCUCGCCUCGCGCAUCCCUCCGACCGCUUCCCCGUGCGCGAGCCAGGCCCGAGCGCUGGACGCGGGGCGCUCUCGGAGGAGCUCGUGAUCGGGGGCGGUUCCAUCAGCUCAGCUGUCCACAGCGGACCCGGCUGGGCCGCGGUCCUGGCGGUGGAGAGGAAGGGCGCGAGGAAAGGACCCGCGCCCGCCUCUCUAUCGCGGCGAGCCCGUGGCGUCUGAGAACACGCGGAAAAGCGGAUCGGUCUUUGCAGACUGGCUCCGGAGUUGCACUGCGCGUGCGCCACGGUGCUAGCAGCGGCGGCGGCGGUAAUUACCGAUUGUCCUGCUUGGAGGAGGCGCGGCAACCUGGGGCCGAGGGUUAGACGGGCUCAUGAUUCCGCUGCUGCUCCGUGCCCUGUAAAGGCUUCUCGGAGACCGGAGCCGGGUCGGUUUCCAGCCCCCUCGGACCGCCCUCGGGGAACCUGCGCACGGGACCCGGCGGCGGGACACCGGGAGAGGAAGGUGCAAUGGCCAGGAAUUUAUCUGUAAUCAUGGUUCUGACCUUUGCCCUUUGGGUCACGAAUCCCCUUCAUGAACUACAAUCAACAGUUGCUCUCUCUCAGACCACCGAGAAAAUUAAUUUAAAUUGGGAAUCUGGCAUUAAUGUGGACCUGGCGGUUACCAUGCAGCGACAUUAUUUGCAACAGCUUUUCUACCGCUAUGGAGAGAAUGAUUCCUUGUCAGUUGAAGGGUUCAGAAAAUUGCUUCAGAAUAUAGGCAUAGAUAAGAUUAAAAGAGUCCACAUACACCAUGAACAUGAGCACCACUCCGACCACGAGCAUCAUGCUGACCACGAGCAUCACUCCGACCACGAGCACCACGCUGACCGUGAGCACCACUCUGACCGUGAGCACCACGCCGACCACGAGCAUCACGCUGACCACGAGCACCAUACCGACCAUGAACGCCAUUCCCGCCGCAGUCACCCUGCUGGUGGUAAAAACAAUCGGAAAGCCUUUUGCCCAGAUCAUGACUCUGAUAGUUCAGGUAAAACUAGAACCAGCCAGGGGAAAGGCUCUCACCCACCAGAACGCGUGAAUGGCAGAAGGAGCGCCAAGGAGGGUGUGAGCACAAGUGAAGUAACCUCAGCUGUGUACAACUCUGUCUCUGAAGGAACUCACUUCCUAGAGACUGUAGAGACUCCGAAACGUGGCAAACGCCCCAAAGAUGUAAACCCUUCUACCCCACCCAGCAUCACAGAGAAGAGCCGAGUGGGCCGACUGAGCCGGCUAGCUGGUAGGAAAAGCAACGAGUCUGGGAGUGAGCCCAGAAAGAGCUUUAUAUAUUCACGAAAUACAAAUGACAAUAUUCAGGAGUGCUUCAAUGCAACAAAGCUGCUGACAUCCCAUGGCAUGAACAUCCAGGUUAUGUUGAAUGCAACGGAGUUUAACUAUCUCUGCCCAGCCAUCAUCAACCAAAUUGAUGCUCGGUCCUGUCUGAUUCAUACAGCAAGUGAGAAGAAGGCGGAAAUCCCUCAAAAGACCUAUUCUUUACAAAUAGCCUGGCUCGGUGGCUUCAUAGCCAUUUCCAUCAUCAGUUUCCUGUCCCUGCUGGGGGUCAUCUUGGUGCCACUCAUGAACCGGGUGUUUUUCAAGUUCCUGCUGAGCUUCCUCGUGGCACUGGCGGUCGGGACUCUGAGUGGAGACGCUCUGUUACAUCUUCUCCCACACUCUCAUGCAAGUCACCACCACAGUCAUAGCCACGAAGAACCAGCGAUGGAAAUGAAAAGAGGCCCACUGUUCAGUCACCUGUCGGCUGACAGCAUAGAAGAAAGCACCUAUUUUGAUUCCACGUGGAAAGGUCUGACAGCUCUAGGGGGCUUGUAUUUCAUGUUUCUUGUGGAGCACGUCCUCACACUGAUCAAGCAGUUUAAAGAUAAGAAAAAGAAGAACCAAAAGAAACCUGAAAGCGAUGAAGAUGUGGAGAUUAAGAAGCAGCUGUCGAAAUACGAGUCUCAGCUCUCCACAAAUGAGGAGAAGGCGGACGCAGGUGAACGACCUGAAAGCUAUCUACAAGCGGACUCCCAAGAGCCCUCCCCCUUUGAUUCCCAGCAGCCAACAAUGUUGGAAGAAGAGGUUAUGAUAGCCCACACACACCCGCAAGAAGUCUACAAUGAAUACGUGCCCAGGGGCUGCAAGAACAAGUGCCAUUCACACUUCCAUGACACACUGGGCCAGUCAGAUGACCUCAUUCACCACCAUCACGACUACCAUCAUAUUCUACACCACCACCACCACCAGAACCACCACCCCCACAGCCACAGCCAGCGCUACUCUCGAGAGGAGCUGAAGGAUGCCGGCAUUGCCACAUUGGCCUGGAUGGUGAUCAUGGGUGACGGGCUGCACAAUUUCAGUGACGGCCUUGCAAUUGGUGCCGCUUUCACUGAGGGCCUGUCCAGCGGGCUAAGCACCUCUGUUGCUGUGUUCUGUCAUGAACUGCCUCAUGAACUAGGUGACUUUGCUGUUUUGCUCAAGGCCGGCAUGACCGUCAAGCAGGCUGUGCUCUAUAACGCCCUGUCGGCCAUGCUGGCGUAUCUUGGGAUGGCAACAGGGAUAUUCAUCGGGCACUACGCGGAAAAUGUUUCUAUGUGGGUAUUUGCGCUCACCGCUGGCUUGUUCAUGUACGUCGCUCUGGUUGACAUGGUACCUGAGAUGCUGCACAAUGAUGCUAGUGACCACGGAUGCAGCCGUUGGGGAUAUUUCUUCCUGCAGAACGCUGGGAUCCUCCUGGGUUUCGGAAUUAUGUUACUCAUUUCCAUAUUUGAACAUAAAAUUGUGUUUCGUAUCAAUUUCUAAUUAAGUUCUAAACCCUUGAGUAGCUUGAAGAAGCAUUGCUGUCUGUAGUUGGAGUAGAUGAUAGAGAUGUUUACAUGCUGUGAUACACAGCAUUUAAAACUAGUGGAUUUUGUGAUUUUUUUUGUAUCAAAUUUUGCCAUUUGUUAUGCUUAUAAAGUCAGUUACAUUGGGUAACAUAAAGGUACGUUUUAAUAUUUAAGUUAUUCUGUUUUGGAAGUAUAAAUUCUAUGUGCGAUUCACCAGUAUUACCAGUUUAUUGUAUGUUUUGGCAUGACAUGUUCUGUAUAUCUUAGAAAGUGUCUUUAAUACUCUUUUGUACAACUUUAACAUUAGUUGCCUGCUGGAGUUAGGCCCCUGCAGACCUGCUAGUGGUGAGGCAGGAUGAGCACAGAGCCACAGAUGCCAACGUUGGGCUGAGUACAGCCAAGAAAUAAGAAAGGAGAGAACUGAAGGGCUGGGGAGGUGUCCGUUGCUUAGAAAAAUCACAACAGAGACUAUGCUAUGGGGGGGGGGGUUAGAUGUGUAAAGGGACGUAUUUAGUGCAGAGUACACUCUGAACAUCUGUCAGAUUGUUAAUGUUCCUGUAAAAAACAGUGAGCACUUUGAUACACUUAGUUUGGUUAUUUGUUUGUAUAAUAGAAAAGUCUAAGUAUAUUUCCUUAAUCCAAGCAACGUGUCAGUUGACAAAAACCAGGAUUUUAAAUCUGUGUAUGGAGACAGGCUAAAUGGGUUAACUAGUGUGUGUCACCAGAAGACUUGGUUUUCACUGAGGGAUGACACACUCAAAGUUACGUGAUUGGGUUUCUGGUUGUCUAGGUUCCCAAACAGCAAGUAUGUAUUAAAACCUUAAUCCACAUGAGGACGUUACAAACCAUUCUGAAUUUAUUUUGACCUCUUGGAUUCAGAAAGCACUUCGCUCUCUUCCAGUGCUUUAAGAUGUCACUGUGAGCUUCCAUCCUUUUAUGUAUGGCACUGCACAUUCAUUAGGGCUGUCUAUAGCACUGUCUAGAUGUUUCUUAAGAAAAUAAAAGUGUCAACUCAA